AUGCUAGAUAUGUUACAUAAAGAAAAUAAUUUGGAAAAACGGAUCGAUCGUAUGGAUUUGAGAAAACCUUCCAGAUGGAAAGAUACUGAUGCUGAUCACGUGAACUUUCCGCAACUGUCGGAAGAUGAUAUUCGAGAGCUAGCUUUAGGUGUAUUCCAAGUCAAACAAGCACGGUCUUACGUAGAAGAGAAGAAAUUAUCGAGUGAUGAUUAUAUAUUUACAGUUCAGAGUUGUCCCACUGCCAAAGAUAUCAUUCGUGUNGUACAUGUAUCAUAG